AUCAUCAUUGUCAACAGAAACAACGUGAAAAAUCAGCCAAAAUAAAAUAAUUAAAAAUGUCCAAGUUACUAUCACUUUACAAGCUCUGUCCGAUUAAUAAUGACAUACUGGGUGUGUCAGCUGAUGCUCAAAAGACAUCCGUGAUCUGUACGUUAGGCAAAAAGAUUGUCUACAUCAUUGAGCUAUCAACACAGAAACAGAUCAAAUCUUGGAGCACAUUUGACAACUUUUCAUCAAAAGUGUUGUUUGACUUUAAAAGGAAUCAAUAUGUUGGAGUAUUUUCUGGGAUUUAUGUCAAAUUUUGGGAUCUAGAUACAGAAGAUAUCAAUAAAGUGAAGAAAAUCAAGUUCCAUAAGCCAAUUUCUGAAAUAAUUAAUGUAUCAAAUGAUAAUAUUUUGGUCAUUUACGAGGAUGGCUUAUGUGAAUCCUUAGAUUCUGCAUUAGAAUCUAGGAAAAUAGAUAAAUCACAACGAGAAAGUCUCAAAGCUGAAUUUAAGCUUGAAUAUCCACAAAUUGGAAAUAACAUCUUCAGUUAUGUUAAGAAAAUUAAUAAUGAAAAGGUCUUGUCGUUUGCGAUAAUCGAUGAAGUGACUCUAAAGCCAUUAACAGAGUUUAAAGAAAUCAAAUUAAAUAGACAAGGACAAAAUGUCAAAUUGAUGGGAAUGACAAUGAUUUAUUCAAGCAGUGGAGCAACAAACUUAAUUACAAUUUGGUCCGAUAAGCGAAUCUUUAAACAAAAUCUACAGAUGAGCAACGAUAGUCUUUCAAUUGGAACUCUUCAUUCAAUUAUUGAUUACAUUAAUGGACGUAAUGAUAUUGCAGUACAAACUAUCAGUGAGAAUUGUAUAGCAAUUUAUGCAAGCAAGCCAAAUGACGAUGGAAGUAACAUCAUUCUUUACAAUAUCAAGUACAAAAUUAUCCAAUCUAAAAUUCCAUUCAAAGUCUUUCUUUCAAAUUUCAAGCUAUGGUCUGUAAAUGAGAAUUUAUAUCUGUCAAUGGGACAGAACUUGUCAGUUAUUCCGUUCGUUGUAACUACAGACAAACUGAGUUCAAUGAUUGGUUCCCAAAUUGAUGCAUCAAAUAAUGUUGUAGAAAAUGAAAAUAUUAAUGAAUAUGGCUUAUAUGAAGAAGCACUAGAAUUUGAUGAAAAUCAAGAUCCAGUUGAAGGAAUGGAAUUCAACCCAAACGAAGUUCAUAUAAAGCAAAAGAAAAAAUUAUUGUCAGGAGCAAAAGGAGUUACUGAUAGUUCUACAGUUAUAGAUUAUUUGGAUGAAAUUUAUAGAGGCGAAUUGCAGGUUGAUUUAUGUAGAAUUGAUGAUCAACCAGACGAUACAGCUUAUGUCAAAUUAAUUAAUAAUGUUGACGAAUCACAUCCCUUAAUGUCUGAGAAUUUUGAAUUUUAUUGUGCUAGUUUGGAGCGUCAAGGAUGCAGCGAAAUAGAAAUAACCAACAAAGUGGUUCCAAUACUCUUAAAAACAAACAGAGCGGAAGAUAUUGGACUUUUAAUAAAACGUUACAAUCACUUUUCCGAGAGAAUGUUAGUUCAAGUCAUUAAGUAUCUCAUAAACUGUCCAAAACUACACGAUUGUGACGAAAAUGAUAAGUCCGAGAUGUCAAUAGAAAAAGAUGAAAAUUCGGGCAGACAGCAGCAAAAUAAAAGUGAGAAAAUCAAAAACGCAAAUAUUUUCUUAAGCACAAAUCAAAAUGAAAUUCGUGAUGUACUUUCCAUAGCUUUAUGCUGCUCAUUCGAUUCGACGACACUGCUGAAAUUUAUCAAUAGUGACAUAACAUUAACGGAAAUGAUUCAAUUGAUGGACCAUCUUUAUAAAAUGCUAACAUUAAACAUGCUCGAGGACCGAUUUGAUAUGAGAGGGAAUUUGGUGGAAGGAGAUGAUUUCGACUUAGAUACAAAAUUAUUUGAAUGGUUCAAAUUACUGCUCGACUCUCACUAUCAACAAAUUUUAUUAAGUAAAGACGAAGAACUCGUAAAUAAAUUGCAAUCGUGGAUAGAGCUCGUGGAUGAACACAUUGACAUUUUGUCUCAAAUGAACGAUCUGCGACAUACACUUUUGACAAUUGCCAACAAAAAACCCAUACAGCUCUCAAGAGAGUGCAAUCAAUGGUAUACAAUUGAAAAAUUGGUAUUAUAUUAAUUGAACUAAAACUUCGUGAGAAAUAAAAACUUUUUGUUACGAUAAUAAAUCAG